GUCCUUCACCCCUUGAAAAGUUUCAUCAUUUUGGUUCUUGGGUUGUUUUUAUUUUCUAUUUUCUUGAGUUUAAUGUUUCAUAAGUGGUGGCAUUUUUCUUGGAAAUUAAUCUUCCUUAGGCAUUACUAAUUUGGAAAUAUUAGAUGAAAUGGGUAAAACUAGGAUAUGGUUACCCUGUUAUUAUUUGUUUAUGAUUCUUGUUUUGGGUUUUUCCCCAUGUAUUUUGUGUUCAAGUAGUAAACAAUCUCCUGCUAAUACUGCUGUACCCGUUCUUGCAUCUUUCAUUUAUAAUCAACUUGCAAAUCUUACAAAGGUAUUCCAUACUGAUAUCACCAAAGCUUUGGGAUUCUGCAUUAAUGAUGUGGAUGCUGAGUUGUUUGAGGCAUUUAAUUUUCGCAAAAACUUGGAAUUCUUAAACAAUUGCUUUAAAGAGACCAAUGACGUGACACAGAGGCUAUGUAACGCUGCAGAGAUGAAGUUCUACUUCUCAAGUUUUCUGGAUACAAAAUCAGCCAAAAAAACUCAAGUCUUAAGACCCAAUAGGAACUGUAACUUGACAUCAUGGGUUCCUGGAUGUGAACCAGGCUGGUCUUGCAGUGUUGGUACGAAUCAGAAAGUUGACCUUAAGAAUGCAAAAGAUAUGCCUGAUCGGACUCGUGACAAUCAACCUUGUUGUGAGGGUUUUUUUUGCCCUCGAGGCUUGACUUGCAUGAUACCUUGUCCGUUAGGAGCUUACUGUCCUCGUGCUACACUCAACAAAACAACUGGUGUAUGUGAUCCAUAUUCAUACCAAUUACCUCCAGGCAAGGUAAAUCACACUUGUGGAGCAGCUGAUCUUUGGGGUAGUGAAACAAGUGGUGGAGAGUUAUUCUGCUCACCAGGAUCUUAUUGUCCGACUACCACCAAAAAGGUUACUUGCUCGGAAGGAAAUUACUGCAGGAAGGGCUCUACGGAACCGAAACCAUGCAUCAAGUUGAGUCAAUGCCACGCACAAUCAGAUAAACAAAAGCUGCAUGUAUAUGGUUUUAUCCUUAUUGGUGUUUUGAGUUUUAUACUGAUCCUCGUUUAUAAUUGCUCUGAUCAAGUCAUAAAUACUAAGUAUCGAAGAGUCGCCAAGUCGAGGGAAGCUGCGGCAAGACAUGCGCGAGAAACUGCACAGGCAAGAGAAAGGUGGGGAUUAGUAAAAGAUGUUGCUAAGAAACGUGCUUUUGGAUUGCAACAACAGUUAUCUCGCACGUUCUCGAAGAAAACGAGUGUGAAGCAAGGACCAAGAGGAGGUUUCAACCUACCUAAAACUAAUGAUGAAGCAUCAUCCAUACCACCUAAAGGUCCAAGCAGUUCAGCUGGAUCUUCGAAAGGAAAGAAAAAAGGACAAAGUGAUCUAACAAAAAUGAUGCAUUCAAUUGAAAAUGAGUCGGAUAAUAUUGAGGGGUUCCAUAUGCAGAUUGGAGAUAAGAAUAUAAAGAAGCAGGCGCUCAAUGCUAAACAACUGCAUACGAGGAGCCAAAUUUUUAAAUAUGCGUAUGGUCAGCUUGAGAAAGAGAAAGCUAUGGAGCAAAAAACUAAGAAUAUGACAUUCUCAGGAGUUAUCUCAAUGGCAACAGAUGAUAAUACUGAGAUUAAAACUAGGCCUCCUAUUGAGAUUGCUUUCAAAGAUCUGACUAUUACUCUGAAAAAGAAGCACAAACAUUUGAUGAGGUCAGUUACUGGAAAACUUAUGCCUGGUCGGAUUUCUGCUGUCAUGGGCCCGUCUGGGGCAGGGAAGACUACUUUUCUUUCUGCAGUGGCUGGUAAGAUAACGCAGUGCACGUUAUCUGGGAUGGUUCUCAUAAAUGGAAGGGCAGAAUCUAUGGAUUCGUACAAGAAAAUUAUAGGUUAUGUUGCCCAAGAUGAUAUAGUCCAUGGAAACCUCACUGUCGAAGAGAACCUUCGGUUUAAUGCAAGAUGCAGACUAGCUGCAGACUUGCCAAAGGCUGAUAAGGUUCUUGUAGUUGAAAGAGUUAUUGAAUCAUUGGGUCUUCAGGCAGUUAGAGAUUCCCUGGUUGGAACUGUUGAGAGGCGUGGAAUUUCUGGUGGACAGAGGAAACGAGUAAACGUGGGGAUGGAAAUGGUGAUGGAACCUUCACUGCUGAUCUUGGAUGAACCUACAUCUGGUUUAGACAGCUCAUCUUCUAACCUACUUCUUAAAGCUCUUAGACGUGAAGCUCUUGAAGGUGUAAACAUUUGCAUGGUUGUUCACCAGCCAAGCUAUACCUUGUACAAGAUGUUCGAUGACUUGGUACUUCUAGCCAAAGGUGGUCUUGUUGCAUAUCAUGGUCCUGUGAAGAAAGUAGAAGAAUACUUUGCAAGUCUUGGAAUCACAGUACCGGAUCGCGUAAAUCCUCCUGACCAUUUCAUCGACAUCCUUGAGGGUAUGGUCAAACCAGGUGGAGGUGUGACCGUGGAACAACUUCCUGUCCGAUGGAUGCUUCAUAAUGGUUACCCUGUACCCCCAGAUAUGAUGCAAUUGUGUGAUCAAAUUGCAAUGUCCUCCAAGGGCGUUGCAGCAGCUCCUGACCAAUCUUUUUCUGUUGAUGGAUGGCAUGAGAAGCGAGAUUCUCUGUCUCAUAGCUUGUUGAAACCUCAUGACUUGUCUAAUAGAAACACUCCAGGCGUAAACCGGCAGUAUAGAUAUUAUCUUGGAAGGGUAGGCAAACAGCGAUUGCGAGAAGCUCAAGUACAAGGAGCAGAUUAUUUAAUCCUUUUGGUUGCUGGAGCGUGCUUAGGAAUCCUAUCCAACCAGAAGGGCGACACCUUUGGAUACUACGGCUAUAUGUAUAGUGUCAUCGCUGUGUCACUCCUCUGUAAGAUUGCAGCACUGAGAUCCUUUUCGUUGGACAAGUUAGAGUACUGGAGAGAGAGAGAAAGCGGGAUGAGCAGUCUAGCUUAUUUUCUUUCCAAGGAUACAAUAGACCAUUUCAAUACUCUUAUAAAGCCUCUGGUUUUCCUGUCUAUGUUCUAUUUCUUAAAUAGUCCAAGAUCAACCUUUGGGGACAACUACCUCGUUUUCCUCUGCCUUGUAUAUUGUGUGACUGGCAUAGCUUAUGUGUUUGCCAUCUGCUUUGCACCUGGACAGGCACAAUUGUGGUGUGUCCUUGUUCCUGUUGUUUUGACUCUCAUUGCAAACCAGGAACCAGAUGGUACUGUCGGAAAAUAUGUAGCCAAGUUUUGUUACCCAAGGUGGGCUAUGGAAGCAUUUGUCGUUGCAAGUGCGCAGAGAUAUUCAGGAGUAUGGCUAAUAACUCGAUGUGGCAAGUUAUUGGAACUAGGCUUUGAUGUGCAUAACUGGACUUAUUCUCUAAUUUUACUGGUUCUCACUGGUGUAGUUAGUCGUUUAAUAGCUUACCUUUGUUUAGUGUGUAUUAAAAAGAAAUAAACCAAAUUUUUUUUUCUUCACAUCUGUUGUGUUGUUUACAACAAGAUUAAAAGGCAUAGGUUAGGGGCUUUUGGCAUCUAAUGUAUAUCCAAGCAAGUUUUUUUGACACUGAAAAUGGGGAGUGCUAAAGUAUCUUCAUCAUUGAUGGAAUGGUAUAAGGGGUGACUUUUUGGACAAAUAAAGAAAAAGUCCGAUGUCCUAAGUUCUCGCUAUGCACGAGGUCCUGGGAAGGGGCUGGACUAUGUCGGAUCUAUCGUAUACAAUUAUUGCAUUUCUGCAAGAGGUUGUUCAUGUGAUUUUAUGCUUUCGCUAUGCGUGAGGUCCUGGGAAGGGCUGGACCUUGUCGCGUCUAUUGUAUGCAGUUAUUGAUGCAAUAAAAUGACAGUCUCGGUGCAUUAAGCUCCCAUUAUGAGUGGGUCUAGAGAAGGAUGGAUCAUGUUGGGUCUAGGGAAAGACCUGACCGUAUAAAUUUACAAAACUUAAGCGCAACAUUCAUUC